CGGGGCGGGUACGAGCGGCGGCAGCGGCUGCGGGCGGAGCUGACCAAGCAGGGUCUCAAGCGCUCCCUGAGCGACGAGGACCUGGCGGACCUGCUGCUCUCCGCCUCGCAGACCCGCACCGCCUCCUUCAGCCGCCUGGCCGCUGCCACCGCACGCAGGGUCACCGCCAACUCGCCCACCACCGCCGCACAACCGCCCCCCGCCGCCAACCCACAUCACCAGCACCACCACCAGCACCACCCAUUACCGCCACUACCGCCGCAGCAGUAUCAGUAUCAGCUCCGCAGCAGCAGCACCCCUCCGCCGCCGCCCAGCUACCUGGCCACCGGCGGCAGGCGACUGUCACUCAACAGCAUGGGCCGCGGCCUCUCCAUGCGCCCACCGCCCCCCUCCGCCUCCCUUCUCAACAUUGGCGGUGGCGGUGGUGGUGGUGGUGGUGGCGGGUACCUCAGCUGCAACCCCAGCG